AUGCCUGGGGCCCAGGGCACGGCCUUCCUGGGGCAGAGACUGCGGGCGCUGCAGCGCCUCUGUCUCCCUUGCUCCGCGGACCAUUCACCCAGGACGAUCCCGUUUUCCUCAAAACUCCCCCACGUGGGCCGAGGGGCACCUGGAGGCCUGGAGCUGGCUGGGAACCGGCCUGCACCCUACAGCCGGCCCAGACAGCUUCCCGACAGGUGGCAGCACGACCUUUUCGAUGGCGGCUUCGGCGCGGGCGCCCAUUUGGAGACGGGAGGCAAACUGCUGGUGUCCAACCUGGACUUCGCAGUGUCCGACGCGGACAUCCAGGAGCUGUUUGCGGACUGCGGGACUCUGAAGAAGGCCGGCGUGCACUACGACCGCUCUGGCCGCAGCCUGGGAACGGCCCACGUGCACUUUGAGCGGAAGGCAGACGCCCUGACAGCCAUGCAGCAGUACCACGGCGUCCCCUUGGACGGCCGCCCCAUGAACAUCCAGCUCGUCACCUCACAGGGAGACACGCAGCGCAGGCCGGGACCCAGUGUCAACAGAGGCGGGAGGACUAGGAACCGAGGAUCUGGAGGCUUCGGUGGCGGCACCCGCAGAGGCAGGGGCACCGGCCAGAGUUCAAAGCAGCAGAUCUCUGCGGAGGAGCUGGAUGCCCAGCUGGACGCUUACAACGCGAGGAUGGACACCAGCUAA